CCGAGUACUUUUCUUUGAGGAAUGUGACGGCAUAGGUCCUCCUCAGUUGUCUCUGCGUUAGUUUCUCCACGCGACGGCCGAGCCGACGCUGAAUGACACGUCCACAGCGAGAAACUGUGAUUUUGAAUGCGGUGACUUGCGAUUAGCGGCCGUGACGUUCCACCCUGGAUUCCGUGUUUUCACGCCGGAUAUCAUUUACACCUUUUUCGUGCAUUUUCGCUGCGAUUCGUUGUCCAAGAAGCAGCUCAGACUGAACGCUAGAUUCACCAACCCUAUUUCAGAAUAAGUUAUUUCUUGCCGCAUCGUUCAGUGUCGUGCUCUUGACUAGACGCAGUUUUAAUCCCACGCUUACGUGUACAUUUCGCUAUCAGUAGCGAUUUUCGAGCGUUUGCGUGAGGAGCCUUUGCGUCCCGAAGCUAGCCGCUUCGUCUCCGACAUUAACGUCUCCGCUCUAUCAUUUGCGUCGUUGACUUCGCGUCACCAACAUUUCUAGCGGCUCCGAGCGUCUCAGUGUCUCCGAAAUUAGUAGCAUCUCCGACAAUAGCGUCUCUUCCCGUCGUGUCGACAAGCCGUCGGUCUCUGCAGCGUGUGGACGAGGCCUCUGAACUUGCCGAGCAGCAUCAACUGUCGGGGACGACAGGACGACGUCUCGGACGACGUCUCUGAACUUGUCCGCUAGCAUCAACUUUCGGGGACGACAGGACGACGAGUCCCGUAGGUUGCAUAGGUCCUCUGCAACCUACGGGGAUCACCGGGCCUAAGCGUGUGGACGAGGUCUCUGCACUUGAAGUUGUCCAGCAUCAACUCUCAGGGGACGACCGACAGGGCGACCAGUCCCUCCCGACCUGACGGCUUUCAUCAGUUAUGCCCUUCUUCUCAAGCUAAUCUUAGUACCUAGUAACUUCCGCGUUCUUGCCAGCAACGGCUGCGUGCCUUGACAAGCAAAUGGCUGGUCGUCGUCAGAGUUAUUGCCAGCGCCUUUCCCAUCAUUUUAGUUUAGUCGUUGGAGUCCCAGAUAUCUCGCCGGGUCAGGCCCCGCGGAUUCACACACCCCCGCGACUAACUCGUCGCCGCCGCUGCCCUCUCAAUCUCCGGCUAUCUCGUCGUCUGCCUCUCGUUCUCCUCAUCGCCGCGUGGCUGCUUAGUGUGUGCGCCGGACAAGACGCUGGGUACGGGACACCUGGGAGCGGAAACCUUGGGAACGGGCCUUAUGGGAACUACGGGGGAGGGGCUUCUGGAAACAAGCCUUAUGGGAACUACGGGGGAGCGCCUUCUGGAAACGGGGGGAGAGGGGGGCCGCCAGGAGGAGGGGGGGCUCCAGGGGGAGAACAGGGAGGGCCUAUGGUGAAUGUGACCGCUGAACAUGGCGCCCUUCUGAGGGUUUGUGGCAAAGAGAUGGGGGUGCCAGAUGGCAUGUGGUAUCCUGGCGCGCCCUGUAGCAUUGACACGUGGCUCAUGUGCAAUCCUGAGGGCACCGUCAAUGGCAUUGUCAUCCGCGAUAAGGGCAUCUCUGGAUCCAUCUGUUCCGAUAUUGGGCUGCUCACUUCACUGGAAAAGAUAGACUUUGCCAACAACUCGCUAUCAAGCUCCCUGCCAACAAGUAUUGGCAAUCUUAGAAAUCUGAAAGUCCUUGACAUCAACAGCAAUGGCAUCGCAGGGCCCCUCGUGUAUCCCCCUGGAACUCUUUCCAACCUGAAGCUCAUCAACGUGGCCAGAAAUAGCCUCAGUGGGCCGCUUCCUUCCUCCAUCUACACUCUAGUAAAUCUCCAAGAGAUGGAUCUCUCAUUCAACGAGUUUAAGGGCUCUCUGCCCAUCUCCAGCAGCAGCCUCAGCAAUCUCAAAAUGCUUAACUUGGCGAGCAACCAGUUCUCUGGUGACGUACCACCCACUCUCGGCAACCUCACCAGCCUCACUCGCCUGGAGCUGUCCAGAAACUUUUUCACGGGCACUCUUUCUUCGUCUCUAGCUGCACUCACUGCGCUCGUCACCCUGCACCUGGAGGGCAACCAGCUGGGUGGCUCUCUACCCUCUCAGUUCGGAGCACUUAUUUAUCUUAUUGAACUUGACCUCUCUGGAAACCAACUGAAUGGAGUCCUUCCUCCGACCAUUGGCAAUCUCACCUCGCUCACUCUCCUCAACACCAAGGAUACAGGCAUGACCUGCCCGCCAGCAGCAGGCCACCCAUCUUGUGCAGUGUGGCAGACCAACUCCUCGCAAUUCUGCCAGGCCUGCCCCGCCUUCUGUGCCAACUGCUCCACUGCCGGCCUUCCUCCACCCAAGCCAAGUGAUACUUCAGGUGCUGAUGCAUCCACAAGCCCGGCCUCCCCCCCUACUCCUCCGCCAUCCUCCUCCUCCUCCUCCACUCCUCGCUCAGGGUUCAUCGUCGGCAUCGCUGUCGGUGCUGGCGCUCUGCUGCUGCUGGCUGCUAUUGCUGCCUAUCUGUGGUUCCGCUGUUACUCGAGAGGGAAGCCUAAUCUUCAGGCCAUGCCAAACCAGCAUCACAUGUGCCGGCGAUACACCCUGGAGCAAGUGAAGAAGGCGACGAGGGGAUGGGUGGAUGCGAACCACAUUGGGACGGGCGGGUAUGGGGAGGUGUAUCGCGGGGUGUGCCCGUUUGACGACUCCGUGGUAUGGGCCGUUAAGCGAGCCAAGAUACUCACCAACGACUUCAAGCGCGAGGUGGAGGAGAUGGCGUCGAAGAGCCAUCCUCACCUGGUGCGGCUGCUGGGGUACUGUGUGGAUAUGGACAUGGCAACAGAGCACCACGAGCAGAUCGUCAUCUAUGAGUUCUGCUCCAAUGGGGACCUCGAGAAGUACCUCAGUGGAGGCGCCCGUGAGGGAGAACUGACGCUGCAGCAGCGCAUGGAGGUGCUGGUGGGGGUGGCGCGGGGGUUGGAGUACCUGCACCAGUUUGACAUCGUGCAUCGAGACAUCAAGCCUGCCAACGUUCUGCUCGAUGCCAACAUGCAGGCCAAGGUGUCGGACUUUGGGCUGGUGCGUAUGACGGAGGGCACUACGGUGAAUCCCACCAGAGUGGUCGGCACUCCGGGCUAUGUGGACCCCGCUUACUCCCGCACCAACAAGGCCACCCCCAUGGCUGACGUCCAUAGCUAUGGUGUGAUGCUGCUGGAGGUGAUUACGCUGAAGCCUGUGACCCUCUCGCUCAAUGGCAGCCUAUGCAACAUCAAGGACUGGAUCCGCCCCUUUGUGGAGGAGGGCAACGUUUCUGCAUUCAAGGACCCCCUUCUUCCAGAAACUUCCAACGACCUCAUUCUCACGCUCGCCAGGAUCGGCCUCGAGUGCACUGCCCUCCCCACCUCCUCCCGCCCCUCUAUGGCUGACGUCGCGCAGCGGAUCGAAGCUCUAAGGAGGGAGCAUUUCGGCCGGAGGAGUGGUGCGGGUGGUAGCGGACGAGAUGAUGCUGACGUGGACCAGCGUAUGGCCAAGAUUGAUCAGGAGAUGUACAGGCGGGCGGAGUCGGGGUUAUCGAUUCAGGAGGAGUUUGUUCGGCUUAAUGUGAUGUCGGAAGAUGGGACGUAUAACAAUGCGGUGUCUGGGUUUUCCACGGGUACUGCUGGGUACUCGAAUCGGUCCUCGGGAGUGCUGCUGCAGUCUCAGGAGCUGUCUCAGGAGUUACGUCAGGAGUUUCCAACAGGCAGGUGAAGGGAUCUCUAAAAAGAGUCAGAAUGUGGGGAGUGGGGAACUGGAAACAUGUCGGGGUAAUCGAUCCAGGAGGAGUUCGUUUGGCUCUAUGUGAUGUUGGAGGAUGGGACAUAUAUUAGUGUGGUGUCUGGGGCUUCGUUUGGCACUACUGGGUACUCGAACCGGUCUUCCUCGGGAGUGUUGCUGCAGUCUCAGGUGCUCUCACAGGGGUUACGUCAGGAGUUCCCAACAGGCAGGUAAGGGAGACUCUACAGCAGCUGGAAAACAGGGGCUGUGUACUAAAGUACUUGUGAUAAGACCUGUCGGGUGGUGAAGAAUUGGGGUUACCGUGUUGCAAGGGGUGUUGGGGGUGUUUGUUGUGAUUCACCACUGGUUAAAAACAUGUGGCUAGGUUCAAGAACUCAUGGAGAGUGUGAAACAGCAGGAAGCCCAAAUUGGCGCACUUGAAUGGAUAGUUCGCAAAUGCAGACAGAAUACGGCUACUUGUGUUAAGAAAGCUAGGCUAGUAGGAACGGUAGGAAGCUAUGAAAUGGCGUGAGGGUUUUGGAGCUAGGAGAGAAAGUUACGAGAGAAAAGGGGGACAGACUAGAAAGAGAGGGAUACAAGGAGGGGAUUGUACCC